AUGGGGUUCCUGCCCUCAAAGUCAGGUCCCAGAGUACGUAAACUGAAGUCUGUACAGGGUAUCGAGGCCACGCUCAUAUUCUAUGUUCCUCCCCCUGACCUGCAGUCUGUCCUGCAAGACUGUAUGGAUGUGCUGGGGGCUGAUAGGCGAUGCUGUGUGGCAAGGGAGCUCACCAAGAUCCAUGAGCAAUUCUGCCGCAGCACUCUUGGGGAGGCGGUCCGUCGUUUUCAUGGCGAGGCAACGGUCGGAGAGAUCACGCUGCUGAUUGAGGGAGCCGGCCCCUCCUCCCAGGACAGCGACGUGCCUGCUGAGGUGCUGGAAAUGGAGCUGCAGCAGAGGAUCGCGGCUGGUGAGCCACUGUCCCAGGCCGUCAAGGCCGCAUCAAGGGAACUGGGCGUUGGGCGCAAGAGGGCCUACCAGGCGGCGUUGCGCCUGGCAAAGGCAAGCAGGCCAGCCGGCGAGUCAUAG